AUGUUUAAGGUUUUUUAUAUAUUAAUUCUAUGGUUUUAUUGUUUUACGUGCUUCCGCUGUGCGCCUAUUCGUCCUGUAGGUACUGGACGAUGGCGCCUCGGCAUUCUGCGAGGCUGUACUUAUCUUGGAAUUUUCAGCCGUUUGUUUGGUUCUUCUCACAAAGGCUCCUUGACUACCACACAUCAACAAAAAUUGGGCAAGGGCUGCCAUCAGAGCAAAAUGGACUAUUCGUACCUCAAAGCUGCCCGCAAGAUCGUCUGCAUUGGUAGGAACUACGCUGCCCAUGUUAAAGAGCUAAACAACCCAUUCCCCAAGCAACCAUUCUUCUUCUUAAAGCCCUCCUCAAGUAUUGUCACUCCGCAUGAUAAACAAGCACCUCAGGAGACCAGGCAGCACGCAGAGUGUAGCUACCGCGGUUUGAAUGCCGAUGGAACAAACCCUGGAGCAAUCAUGAUACCCGAAGGAGUCAAGGUGCAUCACGAAGUUGAAUUGGCCUUGAUCAUAGGUGACUACAUUUCAAACGCAUCUCCUAGCGCAUUCGGGCCCAAAGAACUGCGCCGCGCUAUCAGUGGGAUAGCCUUGUCGCUGGAUCUGACCGCCCGUAAUGUACAGGAUGAGGCUAAGCGCAAAGGUCUGCCCUGGUCGAUUGGAAAAGGCUUCGAUACAUUUUUGCCAAUGUCGAAGUUUAUUCCGGAAGCGAGACUAGGCAAAAACCUGGAUCUUCAGGAUGCUUUUCGGCUCAAGUGCACGGUAAAUUCUAUCACCAGGCAAGACGGCACAACCGGCCUGAUGCUAACGCCGCUGCACACCAUUGUGCAGCACAUCUCGACGAUGAUGUCGCUGGAACCUGGCGAUAUCAUCCUCACCGGUACCCCAGCUGGCGUUGGUGAGCUGAAACCAGGCGACUCCGUUUACUCAGAGCUCUUUUUCAAUGGCGAGCCCCUGGUCAACAUGCAGUUUGACUGUGUCAAGAGACCAGGUCCCUACGUUUACCGCGAGACGUGA